AUGUCAUCUUUUCCUAAUAUCACUUCCUCUUCUCUCAUCUUUUACCUGACGGGAGUUCCAGGAUUAGAAUUUGCCCACGUAUGGAUCUCCGUGCCCUUCUGUUGUCUCUACAUUACUGCUCUCUCUGGGAAUGGUAUAAUCCUAUUUAUUAUCAUCACUGAAUCAAGUCUCCAUGAACCAAUGUACUAUUUCCUCUCCAUGCUUUCAACUACCGACCUGGGCUUGUGUAUUUCAACACUAGUUACUAUGCUAGGCAUAUUCUGGUUCAACGCAAGACAGAUCACUUUCCAUGCCUGUGUUACCCAGAUGUUCUUUAUGCAACUCUUUACUGUCAUGGAGUCCUCCGUGCUUCUGGCAAUGGCUUUUGAUCGUUUCAUUGCCAUUUGUAACCCAUUGAGAUAUGCUACCAUUUUGACUGAUUCCAUAAUCAUAAAAGUGUGGUUUGCCAUUCUUGUCAGGGGGACAGUUGUUCUGUUGCCUUUAGUCCUUCUUCUGAAGCGUCUAUCAUUUUGCCAAAGUCACGUGCUCCAUCAUUCUUACUGUUUUCAUCCUGAUAUAAUCCAGCUCUCUUGUACUGACAACAAGAUUAACAGUGUUUUAGGACUUACUGCCCUCAUAGUUACAGCAGGAGUGGACUCCAUUUUUAUUCUUCUCUCCUAUAUUCUGAUUAUAAAGACCAUACUAAGCAUUGCUUCUCCAGAGGAACGGCAUAAGGCCUUUAGUACUUGUAUCUCCCACAUAGGUGCUGUUGCUAUUUUCUACAUUCCUCUCAUUAGCCUGUGUUUUGUCCAUCGAUUUGGGAAAAGUGCACCUCCCUUUGUACACACUCUUAUGGCCAAUGCUUACCUGCUUAUUCCUCCAGUGAUGAAUCCCAUUAUUUAUAGUGUGAAAACCAAGCAGAUUCGUAAAGCCAUUAAAAAAGUCCUCUUAUCAAAAACUUCUGAGGUUUGA